UCUACACCCUUUUAUUCUCCAGCAAAUCAACCUGCAAACCACUUCAGACCAUGCGCAAGUCAUUCAUCACCGUCUUUGUUUUUAGUGCCUUGGCUGCUGUCAGCUCCGCGUUCUGCGUCAAGGACCGAGAUGAUUGCCCCUCUGGAACCCAUGGGGUUGAAGAUCCAGUGUAUUGUGUAGAAAGUGGCUACUCUUACGACCACCAGUUUUUCUGUGCAAGAGAUUCGGUCAAGACUGUCGGUAUCCGAGGCCGAGUACCACCCCCCAACCUGAGGGGAGCUUGUGUCCGCGAGUGCGAUCACUGCCCUUCUGGAACUCAUUGUGAAAAUGAACCCGAGAUCUGUAGGGAUUUGGGUUUCCCUCCUCAAUAUCACCUCCUUUGUGUCAAUGACCUCGCUUCCAACCCCGAACCCAAACCUGCACCUGUUGCUAAAACUAUGCCCUGUGUCCGCGAGUGCGAUGAGUGCCCUUCUGGAACUCAUUGUGAAAAUGAACCCGAGAUCUGUAGGGAUAUGGGCUUCCCUCCUCACUAUCGCUUGCUUUGCGUCGGUGGCUUCGCUUCCAACCCCAUCCCCAAACCUGCACCUGUUGCUAAAACUUAUCCCUGUGUCCGCAAGUGCGAUGAGUGUCCCUCUGGAACUCAUUGUGAAAAUGAACCCGAGAUCUGUAGGGAUAUGGGCUUCCCUCCUCACUAUCACUUGCUUUGCGUCGGAGGAGAUCCCAACUCUUCUGAGAAGAACUCUUGCCACUGA